AUGUUUGCCGGCAUCAUUAUGCUGUUCUACUUGCCAUUGUUAUUCAUAUAUUUAUAUUAUACUAUACAGCCACAAUAUGGAUCAUUACCAUCAUGUUGUGCAUGUGCCAAUAUGAUCACACCCAGCAACUCAUGGGUCUACAUGGCAGUGAACGAUACCUGUUCAAACAGUACAUCAUGCAAGAAUUACAUCCAAACACAGUUAAAGUUGAACUGUGAUGCUGCACUUCAAUAUCUUCCAGUUCCAGAUUAUAACAUUACAAUCAAUAUUGCUCAGAUUGGAUGUGUUGGAAUGAAACCAGGUGAUACUUGUGACUCUGCUUGUAUGGAUGUAUCCAAUCGAUGGAUAACCAACCUAGACUACACCUAUGAGGACAACAGAGAUCAAGCAAAGAUAAGAUGUCCCUUCCAAAUUGGUGCAUGUGACUUCAAAGCAGUUUAUAGUGCUCAAGAAUCUGUCCCGCAUGCAGUAUGUAGAUACCCUGAGAUCAGUGGUAUACUAACAAAGUUGGGUGCUGGACUUGGAUUGCUGAAUGGUACAUUGAUCACAUUCAGGUUGUUGUUACGUGCAUGGUGGAAUAGGAUUGGAAGGAAUGGUGAUGCAAGUGGCACUAUCAAUGACUACUGGAAAGGACUAUUGAUUGGAUUGAUCUUCAACUACCUUGGCAUUGCAUAUCUUACCGUGGCCACAGGAAUCAACAAACGUUUCCGAUAUGGAGGUCAACUAGCUAUUGGAUUCCUAAUCAUAUUCUUCAAGUCACCAUUCACUGUAUACCUGAUCAUUAUAUUCUCACAAUAUUGGACACCAAUGACGAUUUUGUUCACACUUGGAUGCCUUGGAGUAUCAAUUCUGAUCAGGACAACUUAUAACUUGUUGAACUUGGAGAUUUAUUCACGUAAUUGUGUAGUGAUGUCACAGGAUAUGGAUCGAUUCGAGAAUGAUGAGGUGAUUGAGUAUGUACCACCUGAUCGUAUCAAACCUGUACUCUACUCCAAAUGGCGACACUUCCUCAUUGGAUUAGCAUUCAAUCUAUUCGCACUCUAUCCAUUGUUGAGACAUAAUCUCAAAAGAUACAGUGGUAUGAAGGCUGGAUUCUACUGCUCAAUCUCCAUUGGAACGUUGUUAAUCGCUUGGACCACAUUAUAUGCAAUUGAUGGCUGGCAAUACUUCACCUUCAACUUCCCAUUCCCUUUGUACAAAGCAGCGCGAUCAUCAAACAAUGGCGAUGGAAGUGAUAGUGGAGGAGGUACCAACAACACAGCGAGUAGUGAAGGGGCGAGUUCAUCACUAAACAUGGACACGGCAUCAUUGCGACAACUUUAUAUAACAUCCAUUCUCCAGUCAACAUACUUUGCCGUCACAUGGUCUGUUACCAUGGUCAUCGUAUACCAUCUCUCGCUAUUCAUCAAGUAUCUGCCAGAGACUGGAUCAAUCCUGCCUUCAUUCAUGCGCAGGCCACUGGGCACCAAGACACAGUUCCACAUCGGCUUCAUGGUGAGCAUCCUCCCAUUGGUAUUCACAUACUUUUGCUUCUUCUUCUUCAAGCUCGUGCCCUACGUCACCAGACCCCUGCCCAGCUCCCCGGACGAUUGCUCCUUCCCCGGAUGGUCAUUGAUCAUACCAAUGACCGGAAUCAUUCCAGCGAUAGCACUGUUCAUAUUCGCGCGAACUGAACGCUUUAGAUAUGGAUCACUGACAGCGAUCGGUGUCAGUCUGAUCGUGUUCUGUCUGGGUACAUCAGCACUGUUAUUCAACUAUUGUCUGGGAUCUACUCAAGACAUCUACUAUCCUGGCUCGUGGUUUGUCGGUUUGAUUGGCACCUACAUCCUGAUCUACGGCUCGAUUCGGCCCAAUCCCAUAUUCAUACUAGACAAACGAGAGCCAGGUGUCGAGUACUUUGAAGAUGAACGAUUACUCGUUGACAAGUCAUUGAACUAA